CUAUUACUUGAAAGAACAGAGCAUCUAUAAAUACUUUCCUUAUAGGAAACAGAGCAUAUAUUAUCUAGGAAAAAAAUGGAUUCUUCUUCUUGUUCUUCUCAUUUUUUCUACUACCCUAUGAAUUCUGAUUUAAAUUCUUCUGAUUCUUCGUGGGAAUGGUCUAAUUUAAACUCAUCUUCUCUCCCUUUUAACGUUAAUGACUCCGAAGAGAUGCUUCUUUUUGGUGUUCUUGCUAACGUCGCUCAGGAAACAACUUCAGAAACAGUUACAUCGUACCAUGUUAAGGAAGAGGAAGUUAGUUCAAAAUCCGAGGUUGUUAGAGAAAUUGAAGCAAAACCCGCUAAGGAAAAGUCGUAUCGAGGUGUUAGAAGGCGGCCAUGGGGGAAAUUCGCGGCGGAGAUAAGGGAUUCUACUAGGAAUGGUGUUAGGGUAUGGUUAGGGACAUUUGAUACCGCGGAGGAAGCUGCUUUGGCUUAUGAUCAAGCCGCUUUUUCAAUGAGGGGUACAUCCGCCAUUUUGAAUUUUCCAGUGGAAACAGUCAGGGAAUCACUACGUGACAUGAAGUGCCACGUGGACGAUGACUGUUCCCCUGUAAUGGCGCUAAAAAAGCGCCAUUCAAUGAGGAAAAGGAGCUCCAGUUCCAAGAAGAGUAGUAAUAGUGGUAGUAGUAACAAAGUAGUGAGGGAAGUGAAAAUGGAAAAUGUAAAUAAUGUAGUUGUGUUUGAAGAUUUGGGGGCUGACUACUUAGAGCAACUUUUGAAUAGUAGUUCAAGUGAUCAAAGUAGUUGUGAUGCAACUUACUUUAGUUCAUGGUAAAAUCAAAGAUUUACCCAUCUUUUUUAUUUAUUAUUUUAUUUUUGUUUCUUUUUUCUUAGGGGUUUGGGAAAUUCCAUCUCUUUGUUCUUUAGUUGAAGAUAACUUUGUAGUAUCUUUGUUGUCAAUAUUUUGGUGAUGAUUGUAUUUAAGUUUCAUAUGAUUUUGGUGAUUGACUAGAGACUUAUUUUUCA